UUGAAACCGCCAUGCCCAAAACUUAAACUUCCUCCAUGACCAUGCUCCGCCGUAUAUAAGCCGGGUCGCGUCCCCGCUCUCCCUUCACCAACCAAGCAAGCAAAACCAAUUGAUUGACUGAAGCAAAGUCACAGAGCGAGCGAGCGAGCGUGCAAGAAAGCAUCGGCCACCGGAGCUGCUGCAGGAAGCCAGGAAUCACCCCCGUCUCCAGUCGAGCAUGGACAAGGUGCUGGCCUUCUCCAUCCUGAGCGCGUCGCCGGCCGACGUCGUCCCCGGCGCUCGGUUCUCCUGGCAGCGGCAGGGGAGGAAGCUGCGGGACGACGGCCAGGCUAGAGCAGGGCAAGACGGGAAGCAGGGCGGUCUGCCGGCGGAGGCGGAGCAGCAGCCGGACAAGGGGAAAUCGCCGAUGUUGCGGCCGCGGUUCGCGCCGGAGUUCGACGGGAUCGACUGCUUCGGGACCAUCGUGUGCCACUGAGCAGUGAAUCACUGGCUGCUCGUGGUCUGCCCGCGCGCGUGUGAGACUCAUUCUUUCAUCGUUCGAUCACCGUACGAUCGGCGUGUUCAUUUGCUGUUAACUUGGGCUUCUAACUGAAGCCGCGUGUUGUACAGAAUACAGAGGUAUAAAGAAACCAAUUUCGCCA